CUAUAGGCCUAAUCUCUACAUUUGUACGUUUCAGUCCAAAAAGACUAUUUCCACAUAUGUAGGUAUCAUUAGCGAAAUUUUUAAGUGUUACCAUUCUUUUUUUGCCUCGUUUCAAUUAGAUCAAAUACUUGAAUUACAUAUAAUCUAACUCUAUUCAGUUCAUUUUCUGCUCGACCUCUAAACAAGGCAAAGAAAAAUUCAACCAACUUUCAAUGGGUUCUCUCAAGCUCUAUUUUGCUGGGAGUAUUCGAGGAGGCAGAAAUGAUGCCGAACUAUAUGCAAGAUUGAUUGAAAAAUUGCAAAAAUACGGAACUGUACUAACUGAACACGUUGGAAGCGACUCAAAAACGGAAGAACUACGAAAAGAAUUAGAAUACAAUGACGAAUAUAUUCAUAAAAGAGAUAUGGAAUGGUUAGAAAGUUGCGAUGCACUUAUUGCCGAAGUUACUCAACCGUCAAUUGGUGUUGGUUACGAAGUUGGUAGGGCGUACGCAAUGAAAAAGUUGAUUUUAUGCCUUUAUAGGCCUCACGAAGGAGCAAAAAGAAUAAGUGCAAUGAUUUCUGGAGCUGUAAACGGUGAGAAUUUCUUUGUAAAAAAUUAUCAAGAAUCCGAAAUUGACGGUAUCUUUGAAGAAUUUUUGUCGAAAAUCAAGUAGAGAGAGAAACUUCAUCAGUUAAGGAAUCUUAUACUCAUCUUUUGUUCAACAUCUACCUUUUGCAUAACCUAUAUGUUUUAAACAUAGAAAAUGAUGAAUAAGUUGAAUAAAAUUUGAAUAAAUUUGAUAAAAUAGAAAUAGAAA